AUGGGAGCUUCUCCAGCAGCGCUUCACAGCGUCGUCCUGGCGCUCGCGAAUAACGGUCUGCUACUGGAGGGCUGCGCCACACUGUUGGCCCAGCACCAUGCUCUGUUGGCAACCGAGGAGCUUGCCUCCUGUGUGGCUGCCGUUGGAGACCAGGGCCACGAAGGACCAGAUUUGGUCACAGCCUGCAAGCACCUUGCGGGCAGAGGUGCGGAACUUGCAUCGCUCUCCUUCAAUCGUCUGCAGGCAUUGGCGGUCGCGGCAACCAAGUCCACAGCGUUGUCUUUUUGCAGUGCGCCGGUGGUGGAGGCAGCGGUCCAGGCACUAGGCCAGUGGACGGCCAGCGAG